AAUCGAUGUGGCAAUUGUCGUUGAGAGGUUCUGAAUCGUACCCGGAACGACCUGGGGUACCUGACUGUGUUUACUACAUGCGAACCGGUCUAUGCGGGUACGGUAGUAGGUGCCGGUACAAUCACCCUCGCAACCGUGCUGCUGUUGAGGCUGCUGUAAGAGCUACAGGGGAGUACCCUGAACGACCCGGGGAACCCGCAUGCCAGUUUUAUUUAAAAACUGGGACUUGUAAAUUUGGUGCAUCCUGUAAGUUUCACCAUCCAAAACAUUUAGGUGGAUCUUUUAGCCACGUUCCACUUAAUAUAUAUGGAUAUCCAUUACGACCGGACGAGGAAGAGUGCUCCUACUAUUUGAAAAUGGGGCAGUGCAAAUUUGGUGUUACUUGUAAAUUCCAUCAUCCUCAGCAAGCUGGCACAUCAAUGCCAGCAUCUGCACCUCAAUUUUAUCAGUCGGUGCAGUCUCCUUCGGGUCCUAUGCCUGAACAAUAUGGGGGAGCAUCCACCAGUGUGAGAGUGGCAAGGCCUCCACUAAUGCCUGGUUCAUAUGUUCAAGGGGCUUAUGGUCCUGUGCUUUUUUCCCCUGGAGUGGUUCCUAUUCCGGGUUGGAGUCAUUAUUCGGCACCCAUAAGCCCAGCACUCUCUCCUGGUGCGCAACCUGCUGUUGGAGCAACUUCACUCUAUGGACCAACGCAACUAUCUUCUUCGACACCCUCACUUGCAGGACCCUAUCCUUCCUCUUCCUCUUCUACUGAUCCUUCAAGCAGUAACCAGAAGGAACAAACAUUCCCAGAGAGACCCGGUGAACCUGAAUGCCAAUACUAUUUGAGAAUCGGUGAUUGUAGAUUUCGAUCAUCUUGUAGGUAUCAUCACCCCAAAGACAGGGUUGUUCCACGAACAAAUUGUGCCCUAAAUUCAAUGGGACUUCCUUUACGUCCGGGUGUGCAGCCUUGUUCAUUCUACUUACAGAAUGGGCACUGCAAGUUUGGGUACACAUGCAAAUUCGAUCACCCUGUGGGAACAAUAAGAUUUAGUCCAUCGGCAUCAUCUCUCAUUGAUAUGCCCGUUGCUCCUUAUCAAGUUGGGUCUUUACUGGCUACAUUGGCACCUUCUUCCUCUUCUGAUUUACAUCCAGAGCUUAUUCCAGGGCCUUAAAAGGAUUCUUAUUUGAGCAGAAUUCCUUCUUCUGCUGGCACAUCUACUAGUUCGGUUGGCUUGAUUUUUUCGCAGACAGGAUCUGUUCCCCUUUCCGAUUUGCAGCUUUCAAAUCAGAGUUC